AUAAGAAAAGGGACCGCGUAACGAACCACCCUUUGAAAGCUUCAGACGCAUCUCUCUCUCUUUUCCUCAUUCAUGGCCCCUGAAUCACCUUCUUGCUCAGUCAAACGCCUACCAAAACCGAUAAUCAAUCCCGGCCUCCAAACCCUAACCCUAAUUUAUCUGCAACAACUCAUCUCUCCCCAAUUUUCUUGUCUCUCUCAUGGCUCCAAUCUGUCUCCUCUUUCUCCUCCUCAUCUCCUCCACUCCCCACCCCUCCUCUUCCGCCGCGCAAAACCUCGAGACCGUCUUCCCCUCUGGUUCUACUCCCGCCGUUGACGGCCCCGCCCCUCCCUCUCCUCCUCCGCCUUCGCCUCCGCCUCCACCUCCACGGCCUUCACCAGCUUCUCCGGAAACUUUGACCCCUUUUCAGCCACCGCAGGGGAGAGAUUCCCGCGAAACUGGGGCGGUUGUCACGGCUGUUUUUGCGACGGCAGCUGGAACCCUGUGUUUCGCAGGGAUUGUCUUCUGUUUUGGCCGGCAAGUGGUGGCGAGGCGCCGGAAAAAUGUGGCCAGCACCGCUCCUCCACCGGCUGCACCACCGGGGGCUGGUAUGCCUGGCGCUGAAGCUUUUAAAAGGGUAGAAGGAACCGUAAAAGGGCUUAUAGUAGAUGAAAAUGGGCUCGAUGUUCUCUAUUGGAAAAAGCUUGAAGAGGGAGAGGAGCAUGACGAGAGGGCCUUACUGAGUGGAGGUGACGUUGUGAGGCCUGGUGUUGGAGAGAUUCAGAGGAUUCCUCUGAUCCCUAUGCAUCAAACCUCCUCUUCUUCUUCUUUGCCAGAAGUUGGAGAAGGCAGAGGUGGCGCAGCCGCAGCCGCAGCUGCCGCCGUUAUUGCAGCUGCCACGUCAACACGGCCUCCUUCUAGACCUGCCAAUUCAACUCCGCCACCUCCUGUGGCUAAGCCUACCACCUCAGCAUCACCACCUCCUCCACCUCCACCUACAGCUCCUCCACCUCCACCUAAAGCUCCUCCUCCUCCUCCACCACCCAAGCCCAAGGCUGCUGCGCCACCUCCUCCGCCAUUGCCAAAAGUGGGGACGCCACCAUUGCCACCACCACCAGGGAGGGGUCCUCCACCGCCGCGUCCUGCGGCAAGGAGUGCCGGCGCUGUUGGGAGGCCACCAGCCCCGCCUGUGGCUGGAAAAGGGGUUGAGGGAAGGGCAGAGAGUGGAGGUGGUGGGGAUGGGCAGGCAAAGUUGAAGCCGCUGCAUUGGGAUAAGCUGACGACGGCCAACACUGAGCAUUCCAUGGUUUGGGAUAAGAUCGGUGGUGGUUCUUUCCGCUUUGAUGAUGAGUUGAUGGAAGCUCUUUUCGGAUAUGUGGCCACCAAUCGGAGGACGCCAGCUGGCAAGAACCAGAGCUCUUCCUCUGCCGUGGGGGCCGAUGAAUCCUCAGCCCCAGCCACCAUCUCCAUUCUUGACCCCCGGAAAUCACAAAAUGUUGCCAUCGUCCUCCGAUCCCUUGAUGCUACCCGUGCCGAGAUCUCUGAUGCUCUACUCACCGGCUGCGGCCUCUCCACUGACACCCUUGAGAAGCUCUCUCGAAUUGCUCUCACACAGGAAGAAAUCGCCUCCCUCACUCAGUUUGAGGGUGACAGGUCCAGACUUGCAGACACGGCGUCUUUCCUUGUUGGCCUACUCUCCACCAUCCCCUCAGCCUUCCAUCGUAUUGACGCCUUGCUCUUUAAGUCGUCCUAUGACGCGGAGAUCCUCAGCAUAAAGGAAACUUUGCAAACUUUGGAAUCUGGUUGCAAAGAGCUUCGCAAUCGGGGUUUGUUCCUAAAGCUGUUGGAGGCGGUGCUGAAAGCUGGAAAUCGUCUGAACGCUGGCACUGCACGGGGAAAUGCUCAGGCCUUCAACCUCGCUGCGUUGUGUAAGCUGUCUGAUGUGAAGAGCACUGAUGGGAAGACCACACUGCUCCUCUUUGUGGUGCAGGAAGUGGUCCGUGCCGAGGGCAAGCGUUGCGUGCUAAACCGCGACAAUAGCUUCCACCGACGGGCACCACCAUCAAGCUCCUCCAUGGAGAAGGACGACAGAGAGGUGGAGUACCUGAGGCUCGGCCUACCAGUGGUCGGUGGCAUCAGCGUGGAAUUCUCAAAUGUGAAGAAGGCUGCUGGGUUGGACCCUGACUUACUCAACUUUGGUUGCGAGCUCCUUUCAGCAAAGGUAGGAAAGGUGAAGGCAGUGGUGGUCGGCAAAUGUGGUGGUGAUGGUUUCGAGGUCUCAAUGAAAGGAUUUCUCGAGCAAGCGGCCGAGGAGCUGAAGGUGGUGGCAGAGGAGCAAAAGAGAGUGAUGGAAUUGGUGAAGAGAACGACAGAGUAUUAUCAGGCAGGGGCCUCUGCUAAGGAGGGACCACUGCAUCUGUUUGUUAUUGUGAAGGAUUUCUUGAGCAUGGUAGAUCAAGUAUGCAUUGAUAUCGCAAGGAAUUUGCAGCAGAAGCAAAGGACGCCAGAGUCCAGUGCCGGGUCAUCGCCGACACAUAUGACCCCAAGGAGGGCAAUUGCUAAGUUUCCCAAUCUUCCUGCACAUUUCUUGUCCGAUAACUCUAGGACAUCAUCUUCUAGUGGAUCUGAUGAAGAUGAAUUCUGAGGAAGCCAUUUUGCUUCCAUUGUUUGCUAUUCUUUUGAUUUUUCUUUUUCAUUCUUUUUGUGCGAAGGAUUUGAGAUUGUAAAUAUGUAGUUUGAGAUAACAGGGAUUGUACAUUAUUAAAGGGAAGAUCCAUUACGGCCUCA